GUAGCCUUCCAACCAAACCAACCCACGCCAUCAUCUUCCGUCAAUCCAUCCAUCCGCUUGUCCCUACCACCUCCACCAACCAAAACCCCCAACCGCCGAGGUCACCGGCGACUCCGUCCUCGCCGCGCCGCGCCGCGCCGUGAGGAUGUCGUUCCACUACCACGACCACGGGCUGUCCAUGGACGCCGCGGCGGCGGCGGCCGCCGCCGCCGCGUCGUCGCCGAACCCUAGCGGCUUCUCCCCCGGCAUCGGCGGGGAGAGGGAGAAGGCGGCCAUCGCGGCGCACCCGCUGUACGAGCGCCUCCUGGAGGCGCACGUCGCCUGCCUACGCGUCGCCACCCCCGUCGACCAGCUCCCCCGCAUCGACGCGCAGAUCGCCGCGCGCCCCCCGCCGCUCGCCGCGGCCGCCGGGGCCGCGGCCGCCGGGGCCGCGGCCGCGGGAGGCCCGUCCGGCGGGGAGGAGCUCGACCUCUUCAUGACGCACUAUGUAUUGCUCCUUUGCUCAUUCAAGGAACAGCUGCAGCAGCAUGUACGUGUUCAUGCAAUGGAAGCAGUGAUGGGUUGCUGGGAGCUUGAACAAUCCUUACAAAGCCUAACAGGGGCAUCUCCGGGUGAAGGCACUGGAGGAACCAUGUCUGACGAUGAAGAUAACCAGGUGGAUAGUGAAGCCAACAUGUUCGAUGGAAAUGAUGGAUCAGACGGUAUGGGCUUUGGCCCCCUGAUACUAACAGAGGGUGAACGGUCCUUAGUUGAGCGUGUACGGAAGGAGCUGAAGAACGAGCUUAAGCAGGGUUACAAGGAAAAGCUUGUCGAUAUCAGGGAAGAGAUCAUGCGCAAACGCAGGGCUGGGAAGCUUCCUGGAGAUACCGCAUCUGUACUGAAAGCUUGGUGGCAAGCUCAUUCCAAGUGGCCGUACCCAACUGAAGACGACAAGGCCAGACUGGUGCAGGAAACGGGGUUGCAGCUAAAGCAAAUCAACAACUGGUUCAUUAACCAACGCAAGCGGAACUGGCACAGCAACCCAACAUCCUCGGCUGAAAAGACCAAGAAGAAAAGGUGAUGAUGGCCCAGAGCAAUCUUGGCAAAAAGCUAGAGAUGUCCACUAUACUUUAUUAUGGCGAAGUACAUUCUCCCUCACUUCGUAGGCAAGAGGGAAAGGUAUCUUGGGUGACUUGAGUGGCCACCUAAUGCGCAAGUUUGACGACGUGGUGGGGCUGGAGUUGGUAGUGACCUCAGCAGUAUAGCAUUCGCUAACGUGAUGUGGGUGAAUCACGUGUUGCAGUAGAACCGGCGAGCGGGAGGGGGGUAAUUUAUGUUGUAUUGUAAUUGUGUUUUUUAUUACCUUGUAAUGAUAUUUUAGGGAGAAUCCCAAGAUUCAUAUUCGCAUGUUUUGUCGUCCAGA